AGGCUACAUGUGGAUGCCAUUGUCAGUCACUACGUCCCCAACAAGAGAACCCAAAAGUCGAUCAGAUAUUAGUAGCUUAAUUAUAAAAGAAAGAAAAUAUGUAUAAAGGUAACAACAUGGUUAAGCAAAAAAUGAGGUUCCAAGACAUCUUAAGUAAAACUAUAGAUUUAUGUAAAAGUAAGUACAUAGCCAUUCCGGAGUGGGAGAAAGAAAGAUAUGGUAAGCAUUUCGAAGCGUUGCAUUCUAUAAUAUUCGGGAUAUUGAGAUCGGAGAAUGCCCAGCUGGACAGCCUCAUCGCGGAGUACAGUUUGGAAGGUAUGAUCAGGUAGCCGUCCCAGCGGAUCCCCUCGCAUGGAUUCGCUGGACCUUGGCUGAACUUUAGCCGGAACUGCAACCCACACACCUUCCUUAUCCCCAUCCCAUUUUAACCGUGAGUCAGAGUACUUGGAACCGCGAUAUCAAGUGCAAUAGUGUCGUAAAGAUAAAAAGUUUUUGGCGCACUAUCAAAAUCCAGUAAUUGUCUUAAGGCCACGAAUCGGUAUCAAGUGCAGUACGGUCGUAAAGAUAACGUGUUUUUGGCGUACUUUAAAAAUCCGGUCAUUGUCUUAAGUCCGCGAAUCGAAUCCCUGCUCCUCGCGUCCCGCCUUUAUCCGCCGCGCCGCGUUUUUCGACCGUUACUUACCGCGUAGUUUUCGUUAAAUUUUACAGGGAGCACGGGUGAUAUGCUUAAAGUCGCGAAACCCAACGAAUUCGACUUGGUAUUUAGGUUACAAAUACCGUAUUACGAAAGCAUCGUCGUGACGCGAGAUUCGAAUUAUCCGGGCAACGUAUUUCUCGAUAUGACGCGCGUGUUAGAACUUCUUGAAGAUGAUCCCCGCGAGGACCACCAGAGCAUCCUAAAACUACUUCAGCUUCAACUCGUGGACUCGCAAAACUUUCUCGUCGUAGACAAGCUCCGUUCCUGGCUCCAGAGCCUAUUUAGCCAAGCGCUCAAUCGGAUCGCGGAUCGCGUGGAGGUGGAUGGCAUCGUGUCUGUGCUUAAGUAUAGGACCUGUGGGCCGGCGCACACCAUCUUCGUGGAGGGGGAGCUGGAGUACUCGGUCGACUUCGUACCUGCCAUCCGCCUGGGAUUCGAACAGAACGUGUUGCUCGCGGACCAGUUGAUAUACUUUGAACGCGCGAACUUAGCUUACUGGGAUGCGAUCCCCAAGCCCCUGAAAACCCAGACCCAGACCAGCAGCAUAUCAUUUAGGUCCUCGUUUUACUCAGCCGAGAGGGCAAUGCUGAGGGGUGGCCACGAGAAUUGUCGGGAUGCAAUCAAGCUUAUGAAAAAAUUUCGCGAUGUUAAGACCAACUUAAGCAACCUCAAGAGCUACUACAAAACUUUGUUUCUUUGGAAGCUUAGCUAUGAACCAGAGUCCUACUGGCAGGAACCGCUAACGUCAAUUUUGCCCGAUAUGUUUGACGACCUGGUGGAGCGUUUACGGCUAGGAAUUCUUCCUUUCUUCUGGGACCCCGAACUGAACAUGUUAGACGUGUUGACCCGGGACCAAGUGUUGGAAAUGUAUAAAUGUGUCCUUAAAAUUCCAAGUGCUCUGAGGGAAGCCGAAGUCCGUCAAGAGCAUUACUCUGGACUUUACGUUCUUCGAGUGUUCAGUCACAAAAAAGAAAGGAGUCUGCAAUGCUGUUCGAAGAGGAUUAGCAAGCGAAAGCGAAAUGAUAUCCAGCGGCUGACAUAGGA